AUGUCCCUGAUCCUCUUUGCCUGUGUGGUAAGGGUGAGGGAUGGACUGCCCCUCUCGGCCUCCACUGACUUUUACCACACCCGAGAGUUCCUGGAAGUCAGGAGACGGCUCAAGACGUUAGCCUUGCGACUGGCCCAGUAUCCAGGCCGAGGUUCUGCACGAGGACGUGACUUCAGUGUACACUUUUCUUCUGCAGGGGAUGUGGCCUGCAUGGCUAUCUGCUCCCACCGGUGCCCAGCAGCCAUGGCCUUCUGCUUCCUGGAGACCUUGUGGUGGGAAUUCACAGCUUCCUAUGACACCACCUGCAUUGGCCUAGCCUCCAGGCCGUAUGCCUUUCUGGAAUUUGACGGCAUCAUUCAGAAAGUGAAGUGGCAUUUUAACUAUGCAAGUUCCGCUCAGAUGGGGAGCAGCUUAGAAAAGAUUCAGGAGGAGCUGGAGUUCCAGCCUCCAGCGGUUCUCACUCUGGAGGACCCAGACGUGACAAAUGGGGGGAUGAACGGUCACGUGCAGAUGCCCUUGGAGCCUGCUCCUAAUUUCCGAAUGGAACCAGUGACAGCCCUGGGUGUCCUCUCCCUUGUCCUCAACAUCAUGUGCGCUGCCCUGAAUCUCAUUCGUGGAAUUCACCUUGCGGAGCAUUCUUUACAGGUUACCCAUGAGGAAAUUGGAAAUAUUCUGGCUUUUCUUAUUCCUUUCGUAGCCUGCAUUUUCCAGUGUUACUUGUACCUGGUCUACAGUCCGGCCAGGAUGACGAAGGUGGUGCUGAUGCUGCUCUUCAUUUGCCUGGGCAACGCGUACCUGCACGGGCUGAGGAACCUCUGGCAGAUCCUCUUCCACGUGGGCGUGGCUUUUCUGUCUUCGCACCAGAUCCUGACGAGGCAGCUCCAGGAGAAGCCGUCUGACUGCGGAGUGUGA